GUCCAUCCUCUGCACCCAGCCGACGGGCGGAUGUGACGUUCUGGGCCGCUCGGUUGCUGCGCAGUUCUCCGGAGAAGAGCGGACGAGGGCGACGGAAAGGUGCAGCCAGGAGGGACUUGGAUUUGUGGUCGCGGCAGCUCCCGGCGGCACUAGCCCCCGCCCAGGCUCGGCCCCCUCCCGCCUCAGGCCCCGAGAGCGAGAGAGCGACAGCCGGGCUGGGGCCGCCGCAACGAAGCGCCGCAGCUUGGAGAGGUCACUUUAAAGGCUUUUCUUGGCCUAGCUGUAGGAGCGGUGGGGCGAGUAGGCCUGGCCAAGUAAGUUCCUCGGGCUCAGGAAGAUCUGAAUCUGGCCGCCUCGCUUGGCCUUGCUUGGGCCGCUUACUCUACGCUGGCGUUCACUGGCAUUCAGCGGCGACAAAGAAAAUGGCAUUUACUGAAAUCAUGAAUCCUGUUUAUAGUCCUGGAUCUUCUGGAGUUCCCUAUGCAAAUGCCAAAGGAAUUGGUUAUCCAGCUGGAUUUCCAAUGGGCUACGCAGCUGCGGCUCCUGCCUAUUCUCCUAACAUGUAUCCUGCAGCAAAUCCUACAUUCCAAACAGGUUAUACUCCAGGCACACCAUAUAAAGUCUCCUGUUCACCCACCAGUGGUGCAGUGCCCCCCUAUUCCUCAUCACCCAACCCCUACCAAACUGCAGUAUAUCCGGUUCGAAGUGCCUAUCCGCAGCAGAAUCCAUAUGCACAGCAAGGCACUUACUACACACAGCCUUUAUAUGCAGCACCACCCCACGUAAUUCAUCACACUACAGUUGUGCAGCCCAAUGGAAUGCCAGCAACAAUGUAUCCAGCGCCAAUUCCACCCCCCAGAGGAAAUGGUGUCACCAUGGGAAUGGUGGCUGGGACCACAAUGGCAAUGUCAGCAGGUACCUUGUUGACAACACAUUCCCCAACUCCUGUAGCCCCUCACCCAGUUACAAUGCCCACUUAUCGGGCCCCAGGAACUCCAACCUAUAGCUACGUGCCCCCACAAUGGUGAUUACCAUGCAGUGUUUGAAGAUGGGAGAUAUGCAAUCAAGUAACUGAGGUUAAAAGUUGGUGCUGAAGCCCUCAUGCCUCCAACCAGGACUUAUUUCUUCUGAAUGCUUUCAACCCUUUGCUAAACACUAAUUCCAGAUCACUGAAGAUUUCCCAGUGCUGCAUAUCUUACAUCUUGGAACUCCAGCAGUUAGUCUUAAAGCAACCUUGUUUUGUGGACUGUCUUGCAAUUUUUAGCUAAUUAUAAUGAUUAAAGGGAGUAUAAAUUUAUUGAUCAUAUCUAGUUGAAUGCAUGUCUAAAACUCACAAAGCUUGCUCAAUCUACCUGCUGUGACUGAUGCAAAAACUGUCAUAUGCAAAAUCCAAAGGAGCCGAAAAGUAUUUUACAAUUUGUAUCACUAAUGCACUGUUGUAAUGUAUGCAGGGUCUUAAGAGGUAGAAUUGUGACAUUGAUUUUUUUCCAUAGAUAAAUUAGCAAGUGCUUUGACCUUUUAAGGUUAAUGAAGGCACCAGUCAAAGGGGGCACAGUUAAGUGAUACUUUCCUUUCUUUGUUCAGUGACUGGAAAAUGAGUUUGUAGUUUGUAGCAAUCUUACAGAGGAUCAGUUUACGAUGUGUAUCUUUUCCAUUCCCUUUUUUCCUUUUGGGAUUCAGUGUUAUAUGGACAUUCUUAAGGAUAAGAAUGGAAUUUUAUGGAAAACAUAUGGUUAUCCAUGAAAAAAAGCAAUCUGACAUUCUGUCUAAAUCAUCAGUGCAUACUUAUUUCAUUGGAAUGCUAUGGUUGACCUCCCAGAAAAAUCAGUUUUAAAUGAUUGAGGUGUCCAGAAGAGAUUUCCACACUGCCAAUAGAAUCAAAUUUCUUUUUGUUUCAUUUCCCCCCCAAAGAUGUAUUAGUCCUCAUCAGCUAAAAAAUUCAGUUUGAACCAGCUUGCUUUUACAAAAAUAGUUGUCAAUAUUUCAGAGUCAAUAGAAAGAAAUUCAGAGGUUCUGAAGAAAGUGUCCAUGUCUGAUACAUUAAACAGCCAUGUUCUUUUGCAGCAUGGAUUAUGAACAAAAAGUGGUAGGAGUUGUAAGAUAUCAAAGUUUUUUUUAAGUAGUACUAAAUUAGAAAGUGAUCAGCAUUAUUUUUUGGUAAUACCAUUUUUGUCAUAAUCUUAAAUGUCUACUUUUUACCACCUCAGUUGAAUUUGGAAAACAAGUGAAUUAAGAAAGCAGAUGCAGUAUUUCAUUGCAAUGAACCACUUCUGAACUCCUUGCUUUCAGCUUUGAGUUUUUAUAGAAGUACCUCAGUCAGUGCUGUGGGAUUAUAGGGCUAGUCUUGAAACCAGUUUGUGUACCAAAAUUAUUAUGGAAUGUUUUAGUUUUAGUUUCAGUGCUAAUAGCAAUCAAGGGCUUUCUUUAAAUUGGCAUCAUUUAGGAAAACAGUAAUGGAACAUUUUUUUCCCCACCCUUCCUGCAAUAAAUUGUGCAGUAAAUAGCUAUAAAGGUUCCCUUUUAAAGUUGAUAUUUGUAUGCUAGUUUGUAGUGUUGAUAGAGAAUUCUCAAGGGUUUUAUAAAAAUGCGAGACUGAAUAUCCCUCUGCUUAUUUGGGGCAAUCAGUUUUUAAAUCAGUCUUAGUAGCUACAUCUGUGUAGCAUGUAUGCUGAUUUUAAUGCUGCCAUUCCAUAUUUUCCUGGGGAAGGAAGCUUCUCACCUCAAACCCCAGUAGAGGUGAGGGCCUUGAUUACCUUAUUUUUUACAAUGAACAUUUCUUCUUCUUUUUUUAUUUAAUGUUUUGCAUUUUCCAUGGAUCACCAUUCUAUAUGACCUCCUUGAUCCAAAAGCCUUUAGCACAACAACAGCAACAACAACACAUGAAUUUGCAUAUUGAAUAUAUGUUGCAGCUUAGACAGUUCCAUAAUACAGAAACAAAAAAAGCUACCUUACCAUUUUAGUCUGUACUGCUUUGGUGAGACUGCUUAGCUGUUCCAUUUGUGAAGCCGGUUUAUAGUUCCAGUUUCUAAAUGCUCCACAGACUAGUGAUCGCUCAAUAGGCACAGUUGUCCAAUAUCACAAAUAUUGAAAGUAAAAUCUUUUUAGCCAUAUAUAAAAGUUGCAAGCUUUGAAACAUGGCUGUGUUGGGAACACAUUGAAAAGAAAUGUAAGCACUGCUGCCGCCAGUCUCUUAAAUUAAAUGCCCUGAACUCUUCAGCUAACGCAGCACUUUGUCAGUGGUAAGGACAAAUUAUAAUUUAUUCUCCUCAAGCUCCAGAUUUGUAAAUGCUUCCUCUUUUUCAAACACAGAAGUAGCAACAGCCUUUAGGUGAUCUCACUUGAGCACUUUUCCCUAAGUUGUGUUAUGGGAUUCAUCUGCAAGGGAGGAAGAGGACUUCUUGCAAAAGUUGCUGCACCUUCCAGAAAUUCUAGUCUGUGGGUGGGCGGGAGGGAUGGAGGGAGGGAGAGGGCAUUUCACUGGGGGUAGUCCCAUGCCUCCAGUAGAGUCAGUAGAGAAGUAACCAAAAGCACAGUAAUGAGAGGAUGUAUAUAGCUUGGUAUAUUGUUGCAAAUAAUAAAAAGCAUGAAUAUGAAACUGAAAGUUUGUAUUUCAAGUGGGUUAUAGGUAACAGGGGAGUGUUGAGGCAUUUGUGCUCCUGCUUCCUGUUUGUUCCCUGUUUGGAAUUCCUGUGGGGGAGUGGGAUGGGGGGUGGGUAGGUAGGUGGUAAAACCUCAAAUUUUUAGUUUGUGGCUGCAUUGAAGUUCCCCAGAAGCUUUAAAGGGAGCUGAUGCAGUAUAGACAAGGCUCAAUUCAAGCUGCUUUCAAUUGAAUGCAGCCUUGGAAAUAUACUUGGAAGUGAAUGAAACAUUUCAGCAAUAACAGAAAAGAAAAGAUCUUGUCUUAACUUCAAAUGUUAUGUUUUUAAAUGUUGAAGAUAUCAGUGAGGAGGCAUUCCCAAAGUAGAUACAGUAUUUAUGUGUCUCCUCUAAAAUAGUUGCAAAAUGCACACCUAUAGAAAUGCUAUUUGCCCAAGAAGCUAGUAGAUGUAUUCAGCAGUGUUUAGCACUAACAAAAUGGCUGGAAACUAAGCCUCCACUUAACUUUUUCUGGCAGUAAAAAUGUAAUUAAAGUGUUGACCUACAAAAAAGGCAAGUACUAAGACCAGCGAUUAACCAUGAAAGGUGUUUUGAUGCCAUGGUGGAAAUAAUGGGGGAGGGGAGUUCAGUUCAGUUGAAUUCCAAAACUGAAAAGCCACUUGGAACACAACACUUCAAAUCAGUUUGGACUACAGGUUAUGGUACAGUCUUUGUAUAGGAAUACUCCAUGUCAGCAGCUCUUCAGUCCUAAUUUCUAUAGAAAAUGUUGAAUUGAUUGGGCAAACCCUCCUCUUCCUAUGUGUUUCUAAUGAGCAUUUGUUCCAAUUGCUUGAGCAUGGUGUUGCAGAACUAGCCUCAUUUUCUUCCAGUUAAAAUAUAGGAUUUUAGAUGACAGUGUUCACAGAGCAGAAUAUCUGAAAGUUGCUUACACUGCAGUGUUGAAUUGACCCUUUCAGGCAAAUAACCAAUGCUGAGUGGCUGCUUUGGAGAAAAAUCAGCACCAGUAAUUAAUUUCCUGAGAGCUGUGAGAUUCAGCAUGUUAUUCUCUGUUAGGUAACGCUGAUAGCAAGCAUCAAGGGAACAGCCCAAAUAGUAAGCAAAUGCCCUUUUAACCUUUGCAUGUAAAGUACUAAACCCCAAUUCCAGAGCUUGUUUUGUGGCUUUUUGUGUUCACAUGGUGCUUCUUUUCCAGCAGCCUUCCUGUUGAUCUCUGUGUGGUCAUUGCUUGUUAGCUUGUGAAACAGUCACUUCCAUUUGGAGUGCAAGGGGAAAACGGUGCAACAGGGAAGCUGCAUGUGUGCAUUGAAGCAUCUGUGAAAAUGUCUUGGUCAGGCUGACUCUUGAACUGCCGUUUCAAGGCUACUGAAGGCAUCUUAUUGCUGUUUGUGAGAGACUAAGAUGAGAGACAAUUUCAGAGAGAGAGGGCAUCUGACUCUAAUGUGACAUGGAAAUAUUUGAGUAUCCUAAUUUCAGGAGCCAACAUAACAUAUCAAUAUUUUGAACGAUUAGACCUCCACUUACCCAACAGCAGUAUCUGUGUGAAUUUUUCAAUCUGAUAAGACUUUUGAGCACUUAGCAAGCAAACUGGGGAAGCUUCAUUUAGCUUGCUGCUGUACAGACUUGUUUUUAGUAGAAUGGAUUUGUUAGUGGGAUUUUAUUGUAGUGCUAUUAUUGGCUGCCCUUGUGGGGUGAAAAGCGGGAGUGCAUGCAACAAAGGUGCAAGAGGCCCCAGUAAUAGUGUUUGUUAUGGAAUAGGCACAGGUUUCCUUUUUUAUAACUUUUUUUUAAAGACUGUCUUAAAGCAGUUUGUAUUGGUACUUUUUCCCAAGUUUAGGUCAAUGUUGUCUUCCAGAACAAGUUUAAAGCAUCACAUCUGCAUUGAACUUUUGCAUCAACACAUAGGAGUGGCAAUUCCAUUCUGAGCCAAUUGUGUAAAAUUCAUUUUUAUUUUUAUGCAAUCCAAUGAGUAGAUGAGCUCAGAGUUAAAUUCUUAAAAGCACGUUUAUGUAACAGGAAUUGUUAUGUAUUAAUACUUCAGUUUUCAAUAAAGAUUGACUGUGUUGCUUA